AGGAAUGAGAUUUUUUGGAAGAAAUAUAUUAAAGGAAAUAAUAUGGGAAAAACUGUAAUCGCAGAGGAAACAGUAUCAGACUAUAUAUCGUCAUUAUAUGGGACUCGAUCUUGGCAGGCUGGUCUAGUCAUUGGACAGCUUACUUCUCAAAAGCUUUUUAUUGUUCAUCUGGCAAGAACUCCAGAAAAAUCAACUAAUCCAGAUGAGGAAGCACCAUCAAAGAUGCCCUCAUCACUAGAAGACAUUGAUGAUACUUGGUUUGUAGAACAUUCAAGACAGGUAUCUCGUAUGUUGGUUGGUGGUCUUGAUGUUAUAGGAGUGUUUGUGUUUGGACCCCCUGAUAGUCUCACAAAGAUUCAAUCAAAGAUACGACAACUGUCAUACUCAGUCUACAAAGCUACUUACCUCAAGUAUUCAGCUUUCUUUGAUCCUGAUAAUUUGAUCCAUUCAAGAGUUGUGUUGCAGAUUUGUUCAAAAACUAAAAAAAUCACAUGUAAAACCUUGGACGUGUCAGAUAUAAAGUCCACAGCUCAGCCAGCUGAUUACAAGUAUCAAUCCUUUGCCAACAAAUGGAAUAUAUUGGAGAGCAAUCUAACUUUAAAAUAUGAAUUUAGUGUACCCAGGAGAAUGGAGAAAGCUGACCUUGAUGUUAAGAUUACAGAAGGUCUGCAGUGUUAUCUAGAAGAGAUAUCAAACUCCAUAUGUACGUUCAAUAGUAAACUUCUACCAGAGGAUCAACUUCUAGUACCCACUGAUAAACAUAGUAAAUCCCAACAAUCAAGUAUGAACAUGAAUGUUGAUAUGUAUCUUCAUAAGCCAUAUAUAGAAGAAAGCAAGAAGCCAAAGAAAACAGAAUCUAUUGGAUUAGUUGAUUUGCUAGGAACAUAUCAAUGUAAAGCAAGCCUGAACCAAAAGAUCACGGUCAGGGAAGCCAUUCAGGCAAUUAAGUAUGAUGCCAUCAGAAGUCUUAUUUCACGCUUUGAAUUAUUGUACGAUGACAUUCUUGACCAGCAGUCAACCGAAAAUCCUGAAGAGUCAGCUUCAGAAAAUAUAUGGGUGUGUCCAAGAAGAGUCUUUGUACCUAUCAGCAAUGGUCCGGUUCAUUUCUGUGACUAUCUAUUCCAAGAUGAAACCAUCCAGGAUUCUAUAGAUMGUCUCAGUGAACUUCUGGACAUCAACCCAGACCACGACGAAGUAUGUUCGCAAGAAACAACACCAACAAGUCAGAGUCUCCAUGAAAUGAGAAACGAGGCCAACGCUUGUGAAGAGAUCGACGAUACUUUGGAUUCAAACCCCACCAUUACGUCUAUCAGUGGUCGUGUUAUAGGAGCAGUGGUCGGACUAUUGACCGCUGUUGCAGCAACUGGCUUAGCGUUUAUGUGGGGAGAUCAGACUUAAUGUGAACGUGGUCGGAUAACAAGAAUGAAUCCAUCCUUUCCUUUCUCAGAAUGUUGCAAAAGAAAUGCCUCUGUUGAACAAUUCGAUUGUAGCGAAGCAACGUGAAUAAUAAAAACCUUGACAAAAAGUAUGAUAAGGAUGGAAAUACUUGGAAAGUAUAGUAUGGAAUUAGCCGCGUCCACUAAGGAGGGAGGGGAUGGGGAGAAUUAAAUCAAUAAAAUUCAAGUCAUGUAAAACACUUUAUAAUAAUACUAACAAAUUAGUAUGUUAUUACAAAUAAAUAUUAUACCCGUGUAACUGUUGUUAGCAUUGUUUGAGUUCUAAAAGGUCAUGCGCAGUUGGCUGCGUCAUCCGUCAUUUUGCUGUCAAUCUCGUUAAACGCUUAUUUCCGUCACUGAUUGAUAUUAAUAACAGCGGAUAAAAACUUGAUAUAAAAAUAUAAU